GGUGCGCAGUCUGUGAAAAAUACGCUUUCGGUCGCGUAGCCUACUACUUUUCCUUUCACGAUUACGAUCGCGAAUGUCAAACAGGUCCCGUGCAAUUUUGACAGUCGUCGCUUGAAAAAAACACAAACCAAAAUAAAGAAAAACCCUCCCAGUCCGCUUCGUGUGCGUGUAAGUGCGUUGAGCGUACGUGCAUUUCCAUUGCAAAGCGUGCGCCAGUGUGCGUGUUUAGUGUGUGUGUGUGUGUCUUCGUUUAUAUGAGCGCAGUGUUUUGUUGUUGUUGCUCUGUGUGUUGUGUGCUAGGUGGUGAAAAAUGUUUUUGCACAGUUUUUCUUUUGUUUAAAACGCGCUCUCUCUCCCCUUCGUCGAAGGUUGUGUUGUGUAAUGUAAAAAUUGUAAACCCCCAUUACAACCCACAAGGCGCGGGUGCACACGAUGCUUUGGCGUUCCGACCACCUUCUCUCGUUUCCAUCUCAGCUACGCACGGAUCAGCUGCAAUCAAUAGAGAAGCCCACCAAACAGUUCGUGUCCAGGAAUGUCAAUAAAAUCGUACCGCCAUCGUCAUUACGGGAAAGGCGCUACUACCUUUAGUCGUUUCAGUGAAAACUGAUCUUUAAUUACAGAAGCGGGAGGAUAAAGCGAUACAGGUGUGAUAAUAUUCCUUCAUCUGUGUUUUUUCUCUAAUUGCGUUACAGCACGUGAGUGAGUGAGUGAGUGAAUGUAGGAAGGAAAUAUAGUGCAGUGGAGUGAUUGGUCUCCGGCGCUGUGUAUGACCACAUAAUUCUACAUGUAAGCCUAAUGCGCGAUUGUGAAGCUGCAGUAUAAGUGCAACAUUCUACAGCAAGUGAUCAGUAUCCUACCGAUGCGGUAGUAGCUCAAGCGCAGUGAAUCGCCAGUAGAAAAAGGAAUCCUCCGAUCGAGGACGAGAGUGUGCGAGCGAGCGAGUGGCUGGCUGGUGGCAGCAGUUUCCGGACGGCACUGGUACUACUCCCCAACACUAUACCGUAUCGUCGUGAAUGACACUAAUAGGGCCCGGCGCCCCAGGAAUGGCAUUUAUGAUGAAGAAGAAAAAGUACAAGUUCUCGGUGGAACUCCACCUGGAGGAGCUGGUGGAGGUACCGUUCCUGAAUGCGGUGCUGUUUGCGAAGAUCCGUCUGCUGGACGGCGGCUCCUUCCAGGAGCACAGCAAUAGGGAGGAAGUGAAAAACCACACCGUGAAGUGGGGCCAGAAGUUCGAGUUUCCCUGCAAAAUGACGUCGAAUGCGUCGACCGGCGUGCUAGACCCCUGCACCGUACGGAUAUCGGUGCGCAAAGAGAUCAAGGGUGGCAGGAGUUACCAGAAACUAGGCUUUACGGAUCUAAAUCUGGCAGAGUUUGCCGGUUCCGGUGUAACGUCGCGCAAGUAUUUGCUCGAGGGAUAUGACGCACGACACCGGCAGGACAACUCCAUGUUGAACGUGUCGUUACGUAUGCACAUGAUUCAGGGUGAUAUAUUGUUUAAAGUUCCUUCUCCCAGUCCGAAAUCGAAGACUGCCCUACCACAGGACAACCUAGCACUCGGACUACAGCCCACCGAUCCGGCGAUGGCGACGGUCGGUCCCGUCGUUACACCCGUCGUAACGCGCGUUACUACCAAAGACGAUCCAUCGGCCGCAUCCGUCGCGUCCGGGUUCGAUUCGCUGCAGAAGAAGAAGCCCCCUACGCAGGGUCUUCCGACGACGAUAGAGCACCAACAGUCGUUCGAUCUGGACCCGCAGUCGUUUAUCAUUACCGAUUCCGGUAUCUCCGAAUCUUCCGAACCGCCAUCGUCCCUGCUGGACUUCCAGUCGAAUCUUUCCCUCGUAGCAUCGCUACCGAUCAGCGUCGGUGCACCGCAGGCUGGCAAUGUGCCCGGCAGUCAGAUAGUCCCGACCGUUGGUACCGUACCCGGUGCGAUCGAAUUAGGUCAUUCGCGCAACUCGAGCAAUACUAGUCAAAUGUCCAAAGGCUCCGGUUACAGCAGCUUCUCCCACAGUCAACACUCGAGGCAAAGCUCCGAGGGAGAUUCGGGUCACCAGAGGUUCCGUCCGGCGACGGCAGCGGUUUACCAUGGCAAACCGGGCACGGUGCUGACGGUGGUGCCGGCCACCAGCUCCACAACCACCACGACUAGUAGUAGUACCGCACAGUCUUUAGUUAACGGUGGCGCUAGCCGAUUCGUUACGAUCGCUAAUAAGAAACUUCUCACCAGCGGUAUCAGCAACAGCAGCAGCAGCUGUAGCAGCAGCAACAACACCACCAGCAAUGGAAGGCCCAAGAUCAACCCAACGAAGCAGCAGAUGAUGACUGCGAACCGGUUGCUCAUGAAGCUGCGCAUACCGCAGAGCCCGAACUCCGACUCGGGCGAUGAUGUGUUUGUCACGCCGGACGUGACGGUACUGUCGGAGGAUGAGGGCGGUGGUAGCGACGAUCGUACGGAGUCGGGCGUGGAGGAGUUCGGUACGCCCACAUCCGAGAUCCCGCUAGCCAAGCUGAUCAAGAUCAAGAGCAUGAACAAUUUGGCCGUCCCGAAGGGUACGCUGUUCUCGGACGAAGAGAUGGACCAACCGGACGGGUUCCUGCAAACGGACGUUGCGGAUGAGCACCAUCUUACGCCCGGCAUGAACCUGAGCCGUAUGAAAUCGCUCGGCAACCUUUCCGCGUACGAGCGCGAGUUCGGCCACACGCCGGUAGAUUUGCUACAGUCGAAGCGGGAUUUCGAAACGCGAAGGUUCAGCUUUGCAAAAAUGCGCUCCCUGACCGAUCUAACGGCCGGUGAUGAGUCGGACGAUGUGCUGGUGCGUCGCCGACGUCAGCUUGAGGCGGAAGAAAAGAGUUCCUCGGACGAGUCCAAACCACCGUCCUCCUGUCAGCUAUCGCCGCCCGGCAUUGGCAGUGGGAUCGAGCUGGCCAAUCGUUUCCUGCCCUUCCAGAUGCGCAGCUCGUUUCACAGUGGUGUGUACCGGAAGCGAUCCGGGAUAGGCUAUACGCGCUACAUCGGUAUCGAUGAUGAUCCGGCGACGUCAACCGCCACCAAUGAUGGGCCAACGCUCGGCAGUACUAAUCUAACGAAGAUAAACUCUCUCAGCACGAUUCCGACAGUGCUUCCGGGCGAACGGGUCAAUCAUGUGCCGUUCCUAACGCCCAACAUCGGACGGAAAAGGUUUGCUUCCGCUUCGACGUACGGCACCACGAACAACAGUGCCACCAGUAGCCCGGACGAGAAUGAUCCCGAUCCGAUUAGGUUAGCCAAACCGAAGAUAAGUUCCUCGCCCACCAGUAACGUAGCGAAGGUCAUUGCACGGAGCUCCGUCCGUGGGAAUAAUCCAUUCGAGCGUAACUUCCGCAAGAGUGCCCCGAUCGGUGGGAUCGUUGUUGGACAGGCAGAACCCGCGCCGGGAAAUCGCGGCAGUGGUCUUCUAAAAACUUCCAAUUCGUCCGGCUCCGUGCAGCAGGUGGGCGGAUUUUUCCGUCAGUCCGACAGCAACUUCUACAACAUCGUGCGCAACUACCCGAUCGGCAAGUCUUCCUCCGCCAAUCUGGAGUCGCUCAAGCAUCGCUCUUCCUACAACAACUUCCCGCUGAGUUUGAAACCUCAGCAACAACCACAGCAACAGCAGCCUCAGCAACAACAACCAACUCAUCCGAAGCAAUCGAAAGGCGGUGUACUGUCGAAGGGAGCGGGUGAUCCGAAGGGCAUUGUACCGUUGGUCGGUGCGAAACCAGUGGCUGUGAAUCACCAACCAACGACGGCUACAACAACGGGCAACCGCGUCUACCAUAGAUUCCGCUCAGUAGUGCGGGUAGUACUUAAGUUUAUCAUAAAGGGACAAUCAAACCAAUCGACUAACGAUUGCCAUAAGUCCGUCACCAGCUCCACCAGCAUCAGCAAUGUUACCAAUGCCAGUGGUGGUGGUAGUACCAACGUUACUACCGCAGCUACCACUGUUACUUCUUCUUGUACUACUACCACUACUACUACUACUACUACCGCUACCACUACUACUACUACUUGUUGUUCAAAUUCUACUUCCACCACUACCACCAUCUCUUCUACCAGUGCGACGGUGUUAAAGAACAUUUGUGGUUUGCACCGGCGCUUGCUGGAUGGCAGUACCCGUCAACUAACCUCACUAACGCUAGCGACACCGUCGACUUCCGGCGCGGGCACAUCCUCGUCCGGCUCGAGCGCCAUCAGUCCCUCGUCGACCGGUACGUCGGUCGGUACUGGGGCCGCGUGCUGUGCACUUCCUGCGUGCACCGGACCCGCUGGCAGCACUACUGCCCCCAGUGCCGACUGCACGGACACCGUGAUGGCUGGCCCGAGCGUGGUUCUACCGCCCGGUGGAAGUGGGUCCACUGAUCGUACGAUAGCGGGCGUAUCUAGUGCGGGUGGACCAACCGGUACCGGGGCGGCACUGUGCGUUGCUUCAUCGUCAUCCACAUCCGGGUUCGAUACGUCGAUGCUCAACAAUGGCACUAACAACUCAUCAUCCCUCAAUCUACCAUCAUCGCUUGCGCUCAGACGUCCCAGUGCUAACAUAAACCCCAGUUCUGGUUCCAUCCCGAUGAGCGAAACCGGAUCACUCGAUCGCAUGAAGUCGGCGGCAGAGCGAAGGAAAAAGGGUUCCGGGCACGAUGGGGACAGCGGACCGACGCUGUCCGGGCGCGUUGAAGAUACCCGCGUCAACACCGGUUUGAUCAUUGACGAGCUGUUGAAAAACACCAAACUGGACCACUUAGAAGAUGCCGAAAAUCCCACCGGGCUAGCACUGUACAUCGGUAGCGAUGGAACGACGAUGGUUGGCAGCCACGAGGGCCGAUCGCGCAUGCCGGCCGGAGCAUUUAAGCAAGUUGUCAUGGAAACGCCAAGAUAGUAGCAACAGUAGCAACAAUUGCUCACGCGGUUACAACGCUUACCAUCGAUCGAACCUAUCUCAGUGUGCAGUGAUCGAUGGUACCAGGCCGUGGUGGGGCACACAUACACAUACACCAUCCGUACCGUGUGUCCUGUUCGUCAUUCAAAUUGUGUAUUUGCCAUACCUACGUUUUGUCGCUAAGAGUCCGCACGGUGCUGCGCCGAAAACAGCGACCAAAAAGUGUGAUUAUAGGUGCAUGAGCACGGACCGCCGGUGUUUUGUUGUACAGCAGAAGUAUUUGUGACUGUUUUGAUUUGUACUGCACGUGUGCGAAAGAACGAAUUGUGUGUGCGAGAGAGAGAGAGAGAGAGAGAGAGAGAGAGAGAGAGAGAGAGAGAGAGAGAGAGAGAGAAAGCGAGCGUGUAAAUCGUGCGUGAGUCGGGUUUUUCUUCCUUCAUUUGAUAUUGGUGUCCUUUAUCGGUAAUCCACCGGCAACCAUAUAUCCCAGCAGCAGCAGAGAACCACUAGAUAUCCGUUCCACAACCGAAACGAAUCGAAGAUACGCUCACAUUGGCCAUGUGCUUCCACCAGUAAGCAAAUUUUGCGUGGGGUGUGAAAAUGUGAAUUUGAAAUUCCGUAGCCCCAAAAUUCGACGUGUAUCAUUCGGGUUGGAGAAGAAGUUGAUUAGGCUAGCUCACCUAAGAAAUUGUCUUUCUACAAACGCAUAUAGUGGUACAGGGAAAUGAAUGUGGCUUUUGUUUGUAGUUUUUUUUUUAAAUAUUUUUAUUCAUUUUACUCCCCUUCACUACGCCCAAAACAGCCUGGAAAAACAGAAAUACAGAGAAGAGAAACACAAAAGCAAAUACCAUUAAGCCAUUACGUUGUGAUAAACUUUAACGGGUUACAGAUUUUUUUUUAUUUCCACUUCUUCUAUUCUUACUAUCCCGGCGUUUAGCGUGUAACCGCUGUCUAUUAUUAGUACUACUUCUAAUUUGGGUGGUAUUUUUAAAUGAAAUUAUAGUUAGGUGUGUUUUCCCCUAUCAGAACAAAACAAUUUUCUAAUAUGGUGCAGUUAAAUUAGAGCCCUUAGAUUAGUGCACCGAAGCGAAAGUGUUUUUUUUUUGUUGUUGUUGCGGGGGAAAAAUUUAGAAUCAGUUUUUUCUUAACGUUGAAAAACAUAACAAAUUAAAUAAUUUCUCGAGCAGAAAUGAAGCAGCAAUAAUGAACGGGGGAUGAAACAAAAGAAAUACAUUAGCGAGAAGAAACACAACCAUGAGUCUGCUUUAAUUAGCAAAGAGUAUGAAAUAAUAUAACAAAAAAAGAAAACAAUAACACAAACGAAUCCCUCCCCCUUCAACUGUCCGCCCUCUGGAUGAAUCCAAGGUGGAAAGUGAUACGUAAGACAAGCAACUAGUGUGUGCGAUGAUGUGUGUGGAAACAAACACACAGAGAAGAUUGUGUGCUUGCGAGUGUUUGUACGUGUGAGGAAAUAUUCAGCAGGACAGAUAAAUGGAGGAAAUUGUAUAUGCAUGUGUGUGUGUGUGUAUGGGUGUGUGUGAAUGUUUAUAGUGGAGGUAUUAUUAUGUAUGAUUAUUACGUUAAAUGUUAAUUUUAUUUCUUUUAUCAUUACAAUUCGUUCCAGUUAACGUAAAAUUGUGAAGAAAGCAAAUGUAAUUUGUUUUUGUUUUGAUUUUAAAUUUAUUAUUUGUUUUUGUAUGUUUUUGUACAUUACCAUUCAUGUAUCCCCUAGCGCGGUAUUCAAUCGUUUGACCUGAUCUUAAAACAGCACUUGAAAAUAUAAUUUACAGUGUAGGGUUGGUUUUAUAUUACUAUUUGCAAACACUGUUUUUUGUUCCUGUGCAGCACUACAUACCCUUUUCUGUUAAACAUGGAAUCGAUGUGGAUAGCCGAUCAGCUAAUGUUGGCCAUUUCGUUAGAUCAGCGUUAGCAAAACAAACGUUAGUUUGAGUUAUUAUUCCUCUAAUUAUGCAGUGUAAAUAAUGAACUAAUAGACCUAGGUAUCACACAAUCAGCAGCGCUUAGAGAGUAACAAACCCUGCAACACUGUGUUCGCGAUUCAUUCAACUCUAAUUGAUAGAAAACACUGGGAAUGGAACAUGAACCUCUGGAAAAGGAAGCAAACAAACAAGCAAUGUAAAAUUGUGUACAGAGAUGCAUCAAACAAAAACACAAAACAAUGAACAGUGCCGCUGCGAAUACUGUGUGCAUGCUAGGCAGAUAAAUCAUAUUGAAAGGAUCGUCAGGCAGUAUAAUUCAUACCCAAUAAAACGAACAAUUUCACGCAAACAAAACAUAACCUAGUACUAGUUUAAAUACUGCAAUCAAUAGGAAAAGAAUAGUACACAUUUAAUAUCAAAUCCGGAAAAAAGUAUCGUACAUUUUUGGUAGCAAAAAUUUGUUCCCCUGUUUUGUAUGGAAACCGUAUAACCUUUGAUCGUACGCGUUUGUAGGUAGCACAGUACCGUAGUGUAACAUCUAUUCCAUCGUGUUAAAUGUAGUGCGGCUAAAAGAAAGCAUUUAGAACACUUCGUUGUUUGUGCGUCUUUCUGUUGGCUCCAUUGCACAGGCCGUGUUUUUAUCGUAGUGUGACAACAGAUUCCUAACAAACAGUGUGCGCAAAGUCAUAAGCUCGAUCAUCUGAUUUUAUUCGCGACGCUAAGACGGUGUUUGAAAACAAUGCUGGAGAACGAUGUGUUAAUAGUAGCGUACGGAUAUGUAUUCGGUUUAGGAUAAUGCUCUGCCGCCACACACGGUAAUGUUCAAGGCGGUGUGUGCAUAUACACGGGUGCGGAAGAAGUAAAAACAAAAUAUACAAACCAACAA